UAGACCUAAUAUAAUUUGUUGCAAUAAUGAACUUCAAUUGUAAAGAGUAACAUUGUUUCAUAAAAUAUUGAUAGUUCUCCUGCAGAACUCCCCACGUGAGUUUGAGUUGCUGGAUGAAUGUGAAACAGGAUACAGCAGCACGCUAACGUCUAUUAGCUACAUGUAAUAGAGUGGACAAAAUACACCAUAAACAAUGAUCACGGGAAAUAAGCCUCUGUUUACAUCUACUCCAUCGUUUCUGAUCAAAAAAAAUUAUUAAGCAAAGAAGAAAACUGUUAACUGAUGAGUCUUAAAGACGAGGAUCUAAUGAGUUAGUGGGAAGAGAACUAUGGUCACACUCCAACAGAGUAGGUGGCGGUAACGCACCUUUAACGAUAGUAGCUACCGCCAUUAAACGAGAAGAAGAAGAAGAAGAAGACGAAGACGACGAAGUGGCGCAGAAAAGCAGUGAAACGUCCGCCGUGUAUCAGCUGCGGGUGUCGCUACAUGAGCGGAUCAGAGGACACAUGUGGAGACUUUCUGCUGCAGCAGGACACACAAGACACGGAUCCUGUCCCCGUGUCCCCGCGCUGAGAGCUGCUCACCGAGCGGCUAACGGCGGCUAACAGCGGCUAACGGCGGAGUACGAAGACAGAGAGGAGCAGAGGUUUAAGGAGGACGAGGUUGUCAGUGAGCAGCAGCUCUGGAACCAGGAGAAGAAGUCCAGUCCGGACCAAGAGGAACCAGAGUGAGUGGAGAUGAAAGAGGAAGAGGAGGAAAUGUGCAGCAGUCAGGAGGAAGAGCAGCUUGUACUGAAGCAGGAGGCGGAGACUCGUGAUCAUGAGGAAAGUCAUCACAUGGAAGCAGACAGUGAGCAGCAGCUCCUCUCUCACAGCUCUCCUGUCGCUGAGAGCCAAGAUCAGACAAGAAGCAUGGUCCAAUACGAGGAAGAGGUGAACCAUCAGCCCACACUUUGUCCACCUGAAGUCAAGUUACAGCACAAAGACGUCCAGCAGCUGCUGCUGAUGAAAGAAGUUCCCUCUGAGCAGCAGCUGUGCAGCUCCAGUGUGGACCAGGAUGAGGCGCCAGAGCACCCCCCCAUUAAAGAGGAAGAGGAGGAAGUAAGCAUCAAACAGAAGGAGGAGGCUGAGAUCAUUGCUGUGACUGUGAAGAGUGAAGAAGAUGAGGAGAAACCCGAGUCUUCACAGCUUCAUCAUCACAGUCUCACUGAGGUCAACAGAGACCACUGUGGACCUCCAGAACCAGAACCAGCCAGCAGCUCAGGUCCACGUGGUCCUGAGGACCAGACUGAAGACUCUUCUGAGACUGAAGACAGUGACGAUGACGGGAAGGAGACGAAUGAAGUGAGAGGAGAUACUGGUGAGAAACACGAGAGCUCUCACUGUGAAGAGAAACCCUUUAGUUGCUCUGACUGUGGGAAAAGAUGUAGACGUAAGGAGGGUUUGACCAAGCAUAAAAAAAUUCAUGUCGGGGAAAAACCAUUUGGUUGCUCUGAGUGUGGGAAAACAUUUAGUUGUCAGAAUAAUCUGAAGGAACAUGAAGGAAGUCAUACUGGAAAGAAACCAUUCAGUUGCUCCAAGUGUGGGAAAAGGUGUAGACGAAAGGGGGAUUUGAAGAAACAUGAGAAAAUUCAUACAGGAGAGAAACGCUUUUGUUGUUCUGUGUGCGGGAAACAGUUUCUGAAGAAGAGUAAUCUGAAGAUGCAUCACACAGUUCAUACAGGAGAGAAACCAUUCAGCUGCUCUGUGUGUGGGAAAAGAUUUAGGGAAAAGAGUCACUUAAAGACACAUCUGCGAGUUCAUACAGGAGAGAAACCGUACGGCUGCUCUGAGUGUGAGAAAAGAUUUAGUCGUAAAACUAAUCUGAGGGAACAUGAAAAAGUUCACACGGGAGUGAAACCGUUUGGUUGCUCCGAGUGUGGGAAAAGAUUUAGUCGUAAAACUAAUCUGAGGGAACAUGAGAAGGUUCACACGGGAGAGAAACCGUUCCAUUGUUUCGUCUGCGGGAAAAGGUUUAGAAGAGGAAGUGAUUUGAUGACACAUGAAAAAUUUCAUACAGGAGAGAAACCGUUCUGUUGCUCCCACUGCGGGAAAAGAUUCAUCAAAAAGAGUCACCUGAAGAUGCAUGAGAAAAGUCAUUCAGGACAGAAAUACGGGCUGUCCAUGCCUGAACUCACCUGGAGCACAGGCUACAGGAGGCGUCCUCACGGGCUACAGGAGGCGUCCUCAGAGGCUACAGGAGGCGUCCUCACAGGCUACAGGAGGUGUCCUCACGGGCUACAGGAGGCGUCCUCACACGCUACAGGAGGCGUCCUCGCAGGCUACAGGAGGCGUCCUCACAGGCUACAGGAGGCGUCCUCACACGCUACAGGAGGCGUCCUCGCAGGCUACAGGAGGCGUCCUCACGGGCUACAGGAGGCGUCCUCACGGGCUACAGGAGGAGUCCUCGCAGGCUACAGGAGGCGUCCUCGCAGGCUACAGGAGGCGUCCUCACAGGCUACAGGAGGCGUCCUCACAGGCUACAGGAGGCGUCCUCACAGGCUACAGGAGGCGUCCUCACAGGCGUCCUCGCAGGCUACAGGAGGCGUCCUCACAGGCUACAGGAGGCGUCCUUACAUGUUUCCUGUUGAUCCAAUAAAUGAAACGUUACUGUUGAAUACUUGUGUUUCCCUGAGGUUUGUCAUCAGUGAAAAGGAAGUUGCUUCUUUGAACAUGGACAGGUUUAAGGAGGACAAGGUUGUCAAGGAAGACGAGGAAGAGCAGCUUGUACUGAAGCAGGAGGCGGAGACUCGUGAUCAUGAGGAAAGUCAUCACAUGGAAGCAGACAGUGAGCAGCAGCUCCUCUCUCACAGCUCUCCUGUCGCUGAGAGCCAAGAUCAGACAAGAAGCAUGGUCCAAUACGAGGAAGAGGUGAACCAUCAGCCCACACUUUGUCCACCUGAAGUCAAGUUACAGCACAAAGACGUCCAGCAGCUGCUGCUGAUGAAAGAAGUUCCCUCUGAGCAGCAGCUGUGCAGCUCCAGUGUGGACCAGGAGGAGGCGUCAGAGCACCCCCCCAUUAAAGAGGAAGAGGAGGAAGUGAGCAUCAAACAGGAGGAGGAGGCUGAGAUCAUUGCUGUGACUGUGAAGAGUGAAGAAGAUGAGGAGAAACCUGAGUUCUCACAGCUUCAUCAUCACAGUCUCACUGAGGUCAACAGAGACCACUGUGGACCUCCAGAACCAGAACCAGCCAGCAGCUCAGGUCCACGGGGUCCUGAGGACCAGACUGAAGACUCUUCUGAGACUGAAGACAGUGACGAUGACGGGAAGAAGACGGGUGAAGCAUCCUCUUUAAGUGAAGACAGUGAGGACGAUUGGACGGAGGCGAGUGAAGCACCGAGUUUAAAAACAGUUUCCAGUGAAGUGAGAGGAGACGCUGGUGAGAAACUCAGCUGUUCUCAAUGUGCUGAAGGGUUUGAUCAUGAGUCGCCUCUGAAGACACACAAGGACUCUCAUUUUAAAGAGAAACCAUUUAGUUGCUCCAUUUGUGGGAAAAGAUUUAGUCAAAAGGGUUAUUUGAGGAAACAUGAGAAAAUUCACACAGGAGAGAAACCGUUUCAUUGCUCUGCUUGUGGUAAAGGCUUCACUGCAAAGAGCAGUUUACAGUUACAUGAGAAAAUUCACACGGGAGAGAAACCGUUUAGCUGCUCCGAGUGUAGUAAAAAAUUUAGAAAAAAGAGCCAUCUGAAGACGCAUCAAAAAAUUCACACAGGAGAGAAACCGUUCAGUUGUUCUGACUGUGGGAAAAGAUUUAAUCAAAAAAGCAAUCUGAAGUUACACGAGAAGAAUCACGCAGGAGAGAAACCGUUCACCUGCUCUGAGUGCGGGAAAAGAUUUAGUCAAAAGGGUAAUUUGAGGGAACAUGAGAAAAUUCACACGGGAGAGAAACCGUUUCAUUGUUCUGAGUGUGGGAAGAGAUGCAGACUAAAGAGUGAUUUAAAGAAACAUGAGAAAAUCCACACAGGAGAGAAACCGUUCAUUUGCUUUGAGUGUGGGAAACGUUUCAGACUCACGUGUGAUCUGAGGAAACAUGAAAAAAGUCACACAGGAGAGAAACCAUAUGGUUGCUCUGAGUGCGGCAAAAAAUUUAGUCAAAAGAACAAUUUGAAGAAGCAUGAAAAAAGUCACACGGGAGAGAAACCGUACACAUGCUCUGAGUGCGGGAACAGAUUCAGUCGAAAGAACAAUCUGAGGGAGCAUGAGAAAAUCCACACAGGCGAGAAACCGUUUCAUUGCUUUGAGUGUGGGAAACGAUUUAGAAUCAAAAGCGAUUUGAGGAAACAUGAGAAAAUUCACACAGGAGAGAAACCGUUUGUUUGCUCUGAGUGUGGGAAAAGAUUUAUAAAAAAGAGCAAUCUGAAAACACAUCAACAAAUCCACACAGGAGAGAAACUGUUUGUUUGCUCCGACUGUGGACAAAGAUUUAGACAAAAGAGUCACCUGAAGACGCACGAGAAAAUCCACACCGGAGACAAAUCACUGUGGCUGCUCUGAGCGGGGGACACGGUUCUGUCCAAACUGCUUUGAGAACUGCUUUGACAUUCUUUAUGUUAAUAACAGGAGAACUUUAUACAAGAUCUGACAGAGGACAGUUCAGGACCAGAACCAGGGAUCUCAGGAUCAUACAGAAAGUGUUGACUGUGAUUUUCAUAGAAUGAAAGUGUUUUGUUGUUCUAAUGACGUGGAAUAAAGUUUUUCUUCAUUUGUAAACACAAAUGUUUAUUUUUCAUGGAUCUAUUACGAGUUAUAUAUUUAUUCAUCGGUGUG